UGAGUACUGCAUGUGAAGCAAAAGCACCCAGUGAGAUUGUGACAGCACCUGCCGUUUUACCGGUUUCACAAAGCUGUUAUACAGAGCAGGGGCAUUCCAGUGCCGAAAACUCAGCCAUUAAAGGCUUCUUGCUUUAAAAAAUAGCUGUUUCUGCAGCCGUGCGACGAUCUGCAAAUGAAACUCUUUACCCUUGUACUACUGGCCGCUGUUGCAGACGGAAAACUUCUGAAUGUGGAGACGCAGGAGAAUAUGACAGCAGUAUUAGGUGGAAAUGUUACCUUCAGCUGUACUUCACAUUUAGAAGAUAUUCUACAGGUCACGUGGCAAAAGUUAAAUGGUCAAUCUGAGGACAAUAUCGCUACAUUUAGUGAAAUAUUUGGGCCCAAUAUACUUGGGUCAUUUAGUGGUAGAGCUGAUUUCAUGCCAUCAAAGAUGCAAGUGUCCACUAUUGUACUGUUUGGAGUGAAGCUUGAAGAUGAAGGAUGUUAUCAGUGUAUCUUCCAUACAUUUAUAAAUGGCCAAAACAUUGGGAAGACCUGCCUCACUGUAGAUGUAAAGGAUAUAAAUGCGAAGACGCAGGAGAAUAUGACAGCAGUUUUAGGUGGAAAUGUUACCUUCAGCUGUACUUCACAUUUAGAAGAUAUUCUACAGGUCACGUGGCAAAAGUUGAAUGGUCAAUCUGAGGACAAUAUUGCGACAUUCAGUGGAAAACUUGAAGCGAAUUUUUCUGGGUCAUUUAUUGGUCGAGCUACUUCCAUAUCAUCAAAGGUGCAAGUGUCCACUAUUGUACUGUCUGGAGUGAAGCUUGAAGAUGAAGGAUGUUAUCAGUGUGUCUUUUAUACAUUCAGAAAUAGCAAAGACAUUGGGAAGACCUGCCUCACAGUACAGGCACACACAAAAUCGCAGCUCCAUGUCUGGAUUAUUUUAGUACUGGUAAUAAUUCUGAUAGCUAUAUUUAUAUUCAGCUUCUACUGGUACAAAAAGGGGAGACACCAACAAAGAAAGGGUUAAUUAGUUUGGUGAUUAAAUCCUCUUGGAUAGCAGAUCAGCUGACAACUCAGGAAGAACUUCCACCCUUAACUUCUGACCACAAGUAAUUUGAUCAAAACCAGGAUUUACAAGAAAUAGCACCAGGCAUGCAGUGACAAGCUUGCUGCUCCUAUGUAUAGACAUAUUUCCUGGCAAGGUUACUAUUUGAUUUCAAUUAAAUAUUAAACAUAUGCUAUUUGCAUACCAAUGCU